AUGGCCACUUCUGAGCAGCCAAACCCUUUGGUCGGCAAAGAAUUUUCUCAAGGCACGCUGACGGUGGUGCACAAUGAAGAUGCCAAAGAUGCGGAACACCAUGGCGUGAGCCACGACUGGAGUGAGAAAGAAGAGCGAGCCUUGGUAUGGAUGGUCGACCUUCGCGUCUUCCCGAUGCUGUGCACCCUGUUCGGAGUGUCCGUGUUGGACAGAACCAACAUCUCUGCCGCCUACAUUGCUGGGAUGAACGAGGACAUUGCACUGGCUGAAGGUCCUCGUUAUUCAAUCUCCCUGCUGGUUUUCUUUAUUGGUUAUGUUAUCUUUGAGAUUCCAUCCAAUAUGAUGAUUCGCCGGCUGGGUACCAGAAUCUGGAUGACGUUGCUCAUCGUCAUCUGGGGUUCUUUGGUGCUCGCCAUGGGAUUCGUCCAUCACUGGGUCUCGCUUACGGUACUCAGAGCGCUUCUGGGUAUCUUCGAGGCUGGAUUGUAUCCCGGGGCCGUAUUCGUUAUUACCUCGUGGUACAAGAAGUUCGAGAUGGCCAAACGAAUAUCCUUUUUCUACAUGUCAGCGCUUUUAGCCUCCGGCUUUGGUCCAAUCUUCGCAUAUGCUCUGUCGCUCAUCAGAGUUGGGGAUAGCACAUAUCGUCAAGGCUGGCGAUGGAUCUUCAUCGUCGAGGGCAUCUUCACCAUCGUCCUCGCGGUCGCGGUGCCCUUCACUCUCGUUGAAUUCCCCGAAAAAGCCAGAUUCUUGAACGACCGAGAGAGACAUAUCGCUACAGAACGUCUCCUUGAAGGACAGUCUCGGGAAGAAAUCAAGCAUCCCGGAAUCACAGAGGUGCUAAAGAUGCUAGUGGACUGGAAGUUGCUCAUCUACUGCUUUCCAUACUACGUGUGCGGGAGCUCGAUAUACGCGAUGUCCUAUUUUGCCCCGAUCAUUCUCCGUCAAGGAAUGGGAUUCAGCUAUACUCUGGCCCAGGUCCUUUCGGGCAUGCCAUAUCUCUUUACUAUGGCAGCGAGCAUGGCUACGGCUUGGGCGUCCGAUCGAAUAAAGAUGCGCUGGCCAGUAAUGUGCGCACAGUAUCUCGUUGCCGUUGCGGGGCUUCUCAUAAUGCUCUAUGGUGAGGUGCCGGCAUUCCGCUACUUUGGGCUCUUCAUCGCGGUCUUUGGCUCUCAAGCCAACGGCCCACAGCUGCUUGCGUACGCCCAAAACCAGACUCCCACGAUGGCCAAAAGAGGGAUAUUGCCAGCAAUCAUGAUCGCGGUCGGUGGUAUGGGCGGUAUCACUGGCAGUACCAUCUUCAGAUCUCAAGAUGCUCCUGACUACCUCCCAGGGAUGUGGACGACCAUAGCAUUCCAGCUCGCGUCAUGCAUGAUAAUAUUUGUUGCCUCAAUGCACUUCAGACGACAGAAUAGACUCUUGGAGCAAGGCAAGGUAGCUAUGUUGGAAGGCGUUCCAGGAUUCAAGUAUGUUCCAUGA